GAACGAACCAUGGAAAAAUCGGAAAGAGAGGGUGACUCUAUGAUGAUGUGGGAAGUUUCUUCUUUGGGCGAUGUGAAAUCAGCAGCCACUGAAAUUGGCAGCAACCAACAGGAAGCCUUUGUGUUGUCGGGAGAUGAUGCUUUUGUGAUACAUUCCAUGAACAAUCUUCCAGCCGAGGCGAGCUGUCUAUGGCGACCACCGUCGAGUAUAGCCCGUUCAUUGUUGCUGCUCGAAUCCAGUCCAAUCUCGGUCUGGCGACUGCGAUCCAAUCCAGGGAUCUUGGGCAUGGUCUUGGAAUGGCAAGACAUUGUAUCCGUCUGUCAACCACCACAGCAAGAUUGGGAUGCCGGGCAGCUUUACGCUAGCUUGAAAAAGAUGCGACAACCCUGCUCUGCCAUGGAUUACCCUCCCACAAUUUACAUGAUUGGAGAAGAUGAGGUGUCAUGA